AUGUCACAACCCACUACUUCAGAAGAAGGUACUACUACAACAGUGAUAACUGCGACAACCCAUUUGACACUUCCAGCACAUCCCGUUCCUCUAUCAUAUGAUCAACUGAAUCCCAAAUCCAAACCUGUUGAAUUCUUUGGUCCGAUCGGUACAGCAGGUAUAUCAGUAAUCGCACCUCUAUUCACGUAUAUAUUCUUCUAUACAUGCAAUGAUGCUGUUGGAUGUACACCCACGACUGUCAGUGGAUGGAAAUACGCUUGGGAAACAGUUGGUUAUUUCCCUUCGGAAGCUGGAUAUCUAUGGGAAUGGAAGUCUUUCGCUGUUUACUUAGCUUGGUACGCUUACUGUAUCGCUUGUUGGAAAUUCUUACCUGGCGAUAAAGUUCAAGGUAACCUACUGAGAGAUGGUACAAGGAAACCCUAUAAAAUGAAUGGCUUCAACACUCUCCUUUUGACACUCGGAUUAUCACUUGGAGUACUUCUCAAUCCAGGUGGUAUCCAGCUGUUCACAUGGCUACAUGAUCAUUGGGUACCAUUGGUCUCCUCAAGUCUGGUAAUGGCAACGUUCCAAGCUUUAUGGGUAUAUGGAUAUAGCUACUACAACAAAGAGUUGUUAUCUUUAGGUGGUAAUUCAGGAAAUUUCUUCUACGACUUCUUCAUGGGUAGACCAUUAAAUCCUCAUCCGCCAUUUUUCUCCUCAUUCGAUAUCAAGACUUUCAACGAAGUACGACCCGGUAUGAUCUUAUGGUUAAUUCUAAAUAUAUCUUGUGCAUGUGAACAGUAUGUCAGACUAGGUACAAUCACAGAUUCAAUGUGGGUCGUUAUACUGUUUGAAGGUUGGUAUACAGCCGAUUGUUUGAUUCAGGAACACACCAUCCUCAAUCAAAUGGAUAUCACAACGGAUGGAUUCGGUUACAUGCUUUCAAUGGGUGAUCUAACCUGGGUUCCAUUCACAUAUGGUCUCCAAGCUAGAUAUCUAGCUUUCAACCCAGUUACUAUGGGUCCCAUUUGGGCUUCUGUAGUCGUAGCAAUUUUACUGGCUGGAAAUUACAUCUUCAGAGCAGCUAAUAACGAGAAAGGUAAUUUCAGAGCUGGCAAAAAUCCCAAGAAAUUGGAAUUUAUGACUACUGAAAGAGGAACCAAACUUCUCACUUCUGGAUGGUGGGGCAGAUCGAGACAUCCUAACUACUUUGGUGAUUGGCUCAUGGCCCUCGGAUGGUGCCUUCCUACUGGAUUCAAAACCCCUCUUACAUAUUACUAUAUAAUUUACUUCGUCAUUCUUCUCGUUCAUAGGCAAAUGAGAGACGAUGAAGCAUGCAGAAAGAAGUAUGGGAAAGAUUGGGAUAAGUAUUGCGAGAUCGUCCCAUGGAAGAUCAUUCCUUAUGUCUACUAA